AUGCCUGGAGAAGUGAUUGACAGACCGAAUCCACAACCUCUAGCUUCUCAUAUUCCAGAUAGUGUCUUGGAGUUGUCUGUCAGGUUGGAGAAGGUGGCUCUCAGUGAUGCUGAUCUCAGAGGUCUCGAGGAGUUCCGGCGAGCGAGCAAUUACAUUGCAGCUGCCAUGAUCUUCUUGAGUGACAAUGCACUUAUGGAAAGAGAUCUCAAGUUCGAGGAUAUCAAGCCCAGACUUUUAGGACACUGGGGAACAUGCCCAGGCCUUACCCUCGUUUACGCCCAUCUCAACUACCUCACCCGGAAGAAUGACCUAGAUCUUAUCUACGUCGUAGGUCCCGGCCACGGUGCCCCCGCAAUCCUCGCAUCUCUCUGGCUCGAAGGCAGUUUAGAGAAAUUCUACCCUCAAUACUCCCAAACCAAACAAGGUCUCCACAACCUCAUCACUGGCUUCUCCACUCCUCAUGGCUUUCCUAGUCACAUCAAUGCCGAGACACCGGGUUCCAUUCACGAGGGUGGCGAACUGGGGUACGCUCUUGCUGUUGCUUUCGGAGCCGUCAUGGACAAGCCUGAUUUGAUAGUUGCUUGUAUCGUUGGUGACGGAGAGGCAGAGAGCGGCCCCACAGCGACUGCCUGGCAUGCAGCGAAAUAUAUUGACCCUGCUGAAUCUGGAGCUGUUAUUCCUAUUGUUCACAUUAAUGGGUUCAAGAUUUCUGAGAGGACUAUUUAUGGGUGCAUGGAUGAUAAGGAGGUGGUUUCGUUGUUCACUGGUUAUGGGUACCAGUGCAGAUUUGUUGAGGAUCUGGAUGACAUCGAUCGUGACUUAGCUACAAGUAUACAAUGGGCACUCAAUGAGAUCCGUAAAAUCCAAAAAGCUGCUCGAUCCGGGAAGCCCAUCAUGAAGCCUCGCUGGCCAGUCUUGAUUAUGCGGACUCCCAAAGGAUGGUCAGGGCCCAAGAAAGUCGAUGGCGAAUUUGUAGAAGGCUCUUUCCACGCCCAUCAAGUCCCCCUCAUGGCCGCCAAAAGCAGCGCGAACCAACUUGCCGACCUCCAGAAAUGGCUUCUCUCCUACGGGCCCGCCCAACUGUUCACCUCGGCAGGAGCACCUACCGAUUCAAUUAAGAGCAUUAUCCCUGCUGAGGGCCACAAGAAACUCGGACAGAGAGUCGAGACGUAUAAGAAUCAUGAGCCGUUGAAUGUUCCCGAUUGGCAGAUAUAUGGGGUCGAGAAGGGAAGUGAGGAAAGCUGUAUGCAGGCCAUUGGGAAACUGAUUGACCAAGCACUAGUCGAUAACCCGAAAUCUCUUCGACUAUUCUCUCCAGAUGAACUGGUGAGCAACAAGUUGGAUGCCGUGUUCAACCAUACAGGCCGAGAUUUCCAGUGGGAUGAAUUCUCCAACGCGCGAGGUGGACGAGUCAUUGAGAUUCUGUCAGAGCAUACAUGCCAGGGUUUCCUCCAAGGUUACACUCUCACUGGACGAACGGGUAUCUUUCCUAGUUACGAGAGCUUCUUGGGCAUCAUUCAUACGAUGAUGGUUCAGUAUAGCAAAUUCAAUAAGAUGGCUAGGGAGACGACCUGGAGGACGGAUAUCUCGUCUAUCAACUACAUUGAGACGAGUACCUGGACGAGACAAGAGCAUAAUGGAUUCUCUCACCAGAAUCCUUCGUUCAUUGGGGCUGUAUUGAACUUGAAGCCUGACGCUGCGAGAGUUUAUUUUCCUCCGGAUGCGAACACCUUCCUUUCUACCAUCGCCCACUGCCUUCGCUCAAAAAAUUACGUCAAUCUGAUGGUCGGCUCCAAACAACCCCAACCAGUAUUCCUCUCCGUAGAAGAAGCAGACCGACACUGCCAAGCCGGUGCCUCAGUCUGGAAAUUUGCUAGCACGGAUUCCGGCCUCGACCCCGACGUAGUACUCGUCGGAAUCGGUUCCGAACUAACCUUCGAAGUAGUAGUCGCUGCCUCGAUCCUCCGUCGCAAGUGUCCCAACUUACGGGUGCGAGUCGUGAACGUCACAGACCUUAUGAUCAUCGAGGCCGAGACGCUGCAUCCCCAUAGUUUAAGCAAUGCCGAGUUCGACGCCUUAUUUACGAAGGAUAAACCGGUGCAUUUCAACUACCACGGCUACUCGAAUGAAAUCAAAGGCUUACUAUUCGGACGCCCGAAUCUAGAUCGUAUCUCGAUAUCAUGCUACAAGGAAGAAGGCAGCACGACGACGCCGUUUGAUAUGAUGCUUCGGAACGAGGUGUCUAGAUACCAUGUCAUGCAGCAGGCGAUCAGAGGGGGUGCGAGGAGCAACUCCAAGGUUGCGCUUGAUAUGACGGAUUUGCUGGGGGAGGUCAGACAUCAGAUUACGAAGGUGCAGGAGUACAUUAUGGCAUCGGGACGGGAUCCGGAGGGGACGUUUGAUAUUCCCAAGUUUGAAGGGACAGUGUUUGAAGGUGGAGCCGGUAGCAAGGGGAAGAAGGGGGAUAGCAAGGAGGAUGGAUUUUUCGUGAAUUGA